CCAUGAAGCCGAUUUUAGUGUCAUUCUUGCUUGUCGCUUUUGUUUGGAGUUUGACCAGUGCAAAGCCUUUCCAUGAAGACUCAACGGACGGUCCCACGAACGAUUUUCAAAAGAGUGUAAUCUUUAAUUUCAGGCCUCAUCGCCAUGGGGUUCCCACGGGGAGUGUAAAAAUUCGUAGUGUCCAAUCUGGGAAAUAUCUGGCCGGUUCAUCACCAUACGACAGGGACCGUAGAACCAUCACUCUGGAGAGCUCCCCCGAGGAAUGGAGUCUGGUGCAGGACGGGUCGCACUACCGGAUCACACUGAAGAACGGCAACGAGGACUUGUACGCGUUCGACAAGGCCGGCUACAAUCCGGAUUCGGGCCAGCGGGAGGUGUUCACCUGGAUUCCGGGGUUCGGCGAGAGUCAGGGCAGGUGGGAAGUCAAGGAAGCACCGGGGUACAGUGGAAUUUAUUACUUUCGGAAUUUACACUUUGACGAGUAUCUGUACACGUCGUGCUGUGAGAACAAGGCGUUGACUCGCAAAGGGUUUGGGGAGCCGGACGGGAAUUCGAUGUAUCUGUGGCAAAUUACUAAAUUUUGAAACAUGUGAACAAGAUGCUGUGAUUACAUUUUACAUAAAAUUUUGAAAAUAAUAGAAUUCAUAAAGCAGAA